AUGUGUUUUAAUGUUUGCUUAUUGCCUUGGAGAGCUGACAAAAAGAAUCAAAGGUAUGCAAUUGAGAUUGGCCGUUCAGGCAUUUACUCAGGGUCUCAACCCCCGAAGCUUCUUGGUUUUGCAGCAGCUGAAACAAAACUUGAUAGAAUACCCGGCGAUCGAAGGGGAAAUAGGUCCGGGCGCAACUCUAUAAGAAACGAAAAGAGAAGCGAUCGAGGGCCCAAUAACCGAGGCCUGAUAAGCAAAAGUGGAUUCGACAGGCCGAUCGGGGGGAGGGAAGCUCCAAGAUUGUUAGAGUAUAACUUCAACGUUGACGCAACUAGCAUCGUAUCAGCCAUUGGACGCAUCAAGGAGACCAAGUGGCCUCGAUCAUUGCAAUCUGACCCUACCCAGAGAGACCCUACUCAUGGCCACAGGACCGAGGACUGCCGACAACUGAGGGAAGAAGUUGCACGGUUGUUUAAUAACGGGCAUCUCUGGGAAUUCCUGAAUGAUCGAGUCAAAAACCACUUCAGGAACAGGGAUUCCAACAAACAGGCAGACCAAGAAGAACCUCAACAUGUCAUCAACAUGAUCAUUAGAGGGGUCGAUGUCCCUCAAGGUCCCGUGAUAAAGCGCACAAAAGUAUCCAUCACGAGGGAAAAGCGCACCCGAGAUUAUAUCCUGGAGGGGGCCAUUUCGUUCAGCGACGAGGAUGUCGAGGGCAUCGUUCAACCUCAUAAUGAUGCACUGGUAAUGUCCAUACUUAUAAACAAAUCCCGAGUUAAGCGUGUGUUGAGUGAUCCAGGAAGCUCGACCAACAUCAUCAGAUCGAGGGUCGUAGAACAGUUGGGGCUAGAAGAUCAAACAGUGCCGGCGGUCCGGGUGUUGAAUGGAUUUAACAUGGAAUGCGAAACUACCAAAGGAGAAAUAACUUUGCUAGUAAAUACCGCCGGGACGAUUCAGGAUACCAAAUUCUACAUGAUCGAAGGGGACAUGAGGUAUAACGCCUUAUUCAGAAGGCCUUGGGUUCAGAACAUGGGGGCAGUACCCUCGACAUUACACAAGGGACUAAAGUUCUCCACCCCAGGAGGAAUCAAGACGGUUUACGGAGAGCAACCGGCCAUAAAAGAAAUGUUCUCAGUCAACAAGGUGAUCUCGGUGCCCGUGCUCUCGACAUCAAAGAACACGAAGCCGACUAGGAAGGAAUAA